UGGACGCGCGCCUGUGUUGCGCGCUGCUGGAGAGAGAGCCGUGCGCCGUCACGCGCUGAAGGUGCCAUGAAGCGAAGGAAACUGAGUUGCAGCGGAGGAGGAGAGCGCGCUGUAUAAGAGCCCGCACAUGGGGACAUAGGAGGAAUAUUGGAUCAUUACCGCACUCGACUCUAAAAUGGCCCAAAAUACAUCUCUUUAUUUUCGUAUUGUCGAGGGCAGGAACCUCCCCGCCAAAGACGUCUCUGGCACCAGUGAUCCAUACUGUCUUGUAAAAGUUGACAAUGAAGUUGUGGCCAGGACGGCCACAGUGUGGAAGAAUCUCAAUCCUUUCUGGGGUGAAGAGUAUACACUGCACCUCCCGAUGGGUUUCCAUUCCCUCUCCUUCCAUGUCAUGGACGAGGACACCAUUGGGCACGAUGAUGUUAUCGGAAAGAUUUCACUGAAUAAAGAAGCCAUCAGGUCUCCAGCCAAAGGGCUGGAUAACUGGCUGAACCUGACGAGGGUCGACCCUGAUGAAGAAGUCCAGGGAGAGAUCCAUCUGAGUGUGUUGCUGCUGAAAGAUACAGAGAAGAUCAGCCUGCGCUGUCAAAUCAUUGAAGCCAGAGACUUGGCUCCAAGAGACAUCACCGGGACCUCGGAUCCAUUCGCAAGAGUUAUUUUCAACAACCACAGCGCAGAGACCUCGAUUAUCAAGAAAACCCGUUUCCCUCACUGGGGAGAGUCACUGGAGCUGGAGGUGGAUCCAGAGGAGCUGAGUGUGGAAGGAAACAUCACUGUGGAGGUCUGGGACUGGGACAUGGUGGGAAAGAAUGACUUUCUUGGAAAGGUGGAAAUCCCUCUUGCUUGUUUGCACAAGACACCUCUAUUAGAGGGCUGGUUCCGUUUGCUACCCUUGGGAAACAACGAAGUUGAUGCAGGUGGUAAACUGGGAGCGCUGCGUCUGAAGGUGCGUCUGGUGGAGGAUCGCAUCCUGCCAUCUGUGUACUACCAGCCUCUCAUUGACCUCCUGGUUGAGUCAGUCAUCUCGCCCACAGAGGUGGAGGAUAGCAGCGCUCUGACCAUGCUGGAGGAUGUUACCACGGUUGAGAGCCGUCAAGAUGUGGCAAUGACCCUGGUGAAGAUCUACCUGGGCCAGGGCCUAGUGGUGCCUUUCCUGGAUUACCUGAACACGCGGGAGGUCAACCACACCACUGAUCCAAACACUUUGUUCCGCUCCAACUCACUCGCCUCCAAGGCCAUGGAGCAGUUCAUGAAGGCUGUUGGCAUGCUGUAUCUGCAUGAGGUGCUGAAGCCCAUCAUUAAUCGCAUCUUUGAUGAGAAGAAGUACAUCGAGCUGGACCCGUGUAAGAUCGACCUGAACCGCACGAGACGGAUUUCAUUUAAGGGAGCAGUGUCGGAGGCAGAGGUGCGGGACAGCAGUGUGGAGAUGCUGCAAAGCUACUUAACCAGCAUCACCGAAUCUAUUGUGGGCUCAUUCGAUCAGUGUCCUCCGGUCAUGAGAGUGGCCUUCAAACAACUGCACAAGAGAGUAGAGGAGCAAUUUGCUGAGCCCGAGAACGAGGACGUGAAGUAUCUGGCCAUCAGUGGGUUCUUCUUCCUGCGUUUCUUCGCUCCUGCCAUCCUCACGCCUAAACUGUUCCAGCUGAGAGACCAGCACGCGGACACGCGCACGAGCAGAACCCUGUUACUACUGGCCAAGGCGUUGCAAAGUGUCGGGAACCUGGGCAUUCAGCUGGGUCACGGAAAGGAGCAGUGGAUGGCGCCUCUUCAUCCCAUCAUCCUUCGCAGCGUGGCGUCUGUGAAAGACUUCCUCGACAAGUUAAUCGACAUAGACCAUGACAUUGUGUCCGAGGUGCCUCAGAGGGCCGUGUUCAUGCCGUCUGUCACAGUCAAAGAGGGAUUCCUCCACAAACACAAGACAGAGGGGCCCCAGCUGCUGUCCCGCUUCGCCUUCAAGAAACGCUACUUCUGGUUGACCAGUGAGACGCUGUCCUACGCCAAGACCCCUGAGUGGCAGGUGCGCUCCUCCAUCCCCGUGCAGUGCGUGUGUGCCGUGGAGAGGGUGGAUGAAAAUGCCUUUCAGCAGCAGAAUGUAAUGCAGGUCAUCACCCAGGACAACGACGGACAGAUGCACACCAUGUACAUCCAGUGCAAGAACGUGAACGAGCUGAACCAGUGGCUGUCAGCGAUCAGGAAAGUCAGCAUCUACAAUGAGCGCAUGCUGCCCUCUUUCCACCCAGGGGCUCAUCGCAGUGGCAAGUGGACGUGCUGUCUACAGGCAGACCGUGCAGUUACAGGCUGCAGUAGAACCCACUCGGCUGUGACUCUGGGCGACUGGAGCGACCCGCUGGAUCCUGACGUUGAGACUCAGACCAUUUACAAGGAGCUUCUGCAGGGCAGAGAGAAACUGAGGAAAAAAUAUGUGGAGAUGCCGGAUGCUGAUCAGGCGUUGAGCAAUAAAGGAAAGAUCAGCCCUGACGUUCUCCCAGAUGGGGCAGAAUGCAACGUUCAGCUCCUGAAGCCAGGUCAGAGCAUGGUCGCCCGGCUGAUGGCGGUUCUAGAGGAUCUGGAGCAGGCCCACGCCACCUUCCAGCGCAGAGAGAAGCAGGACGCCACCAGUGUCAUUCUGAAUCCCUAGACUCCAUCAUUACACCGGCACCCGCUGAUGGAGAGAGGCAGGGGGCGGGGCUGCAUCCUGAACGAACACAUUUGAGCAUCCGAUAUCCUCCUCCCUCUCGGUUGUCAGGGAGAGAAAGUGGCCCCAGGAUGUGCCCUCCUCCAGCCAUUUAGUUCACGCCUCGCUGUGAAGAGCACAAGAAACUCUCCCAUUUUGAAUCAGUUUGUAUUCCCUGAGCGCCACUGGCUUCAACAGCGCCGGGGAGAGAAGCAUGAUCCGACUCGGAUAUUUUCUAAUGUAUAUAACAAGCAAUCUGUUGCAUGGCCUGCAUCCACUUGUUGUUGAAAUGUGACAAGAAGCUUUUAUAUUUCUAAAGAACCUGUACAGGACCUGGGUCCCACGUUUUUAUGCAAACGGCUUGUUGUAGUGUAAUCUACAGUAACUGAAUGUAAGUUGUUUUCCCAUUAUGCUUUUAUCAACGUUUUCUUUCUUAUUGGGACAAAUUUUAAUGGCGUGGCCGCAAUGUAGCAGUGACAAUAAGAUUAACGGUCAAACCACCAUGAGUUUAUGAAAUGCUGGUGCACAUGCUGCCACAGUAAGACGCUGCCUGCUCGAUAAGAAACAUAAUCAUUUUGAUUGUUGCUUUGGUCCCUUUAGACAAAACAACGUGCUUUUGUUUGGUGCUAUGGCCAGUCCUCCUACAUGUUGGGUUCUGAUGUUAUUUGCAUAUUUAGAAACACUUGAUGUAGCUCCUUCCCUAAAGUCAUAUGGGUAACAUUUACCUAUAAACAAUAUAAAGGCCAUAUACAGAUCCAGAUACCUGAGAUUCUCCCAUUUGAUAAAUGUUUACAUUUCCUUGAGAUUUAGGUGCCACUAUAUUUGGCUUGGAUGUGUCUUAGAUGCCAAAUUUCUUUAUGGACAAUCACAUUUUUAAAUUCACAACCAGUUUUUUCUAUAUCUGUGAGAGACACAAGACACAAGCAUGUCGUAAAAGCCAUUCCCCGUACAGCGAGUAGUGUCAGGGUCUUUCCCCAAAGCGGAGAAGGUCACUGAAGGUCGUAGAGAUCAGUCCAGUGAUCUCUCAUCCAGUCUCAGCAUGUCACCUCCCUCUAGAGCAGAAUUUUUUUCUGGUAAUCAUCAUUUCUACUGUUAGAUGUAUAACUAAAAACUCACAUACCAGACAGAGCCAUAUUUUACAUUGAUAGUUACUUCUUAAGUUUUUUUUUAAUGCUGCCUUGCUUUAAUUGAUUUGCGAUUUCAAUCUUUUCAACACAAAAGUGUUGUUUGUGAAAUUUAUGUUCCCUGAAUAAGGGCUUUUAUUUUGAAAAGAAAAACAUACUGCCUGUACUUUAUUUUGCAAAUAAACCAUGAUGGUUUGUUCCAAGUGAAUUGUUACUGUGAACUAAACACAAUUGUAUUAUUCAGUAAAAUAUUAUUUCAGCUAACAAGUCUAGUGUCAAAUUUUUGCCCUGAAAACCAAAACUUCCCCGUUCACAGUAAAUUAACAGAUUCCUUUCUAGUUAA